AUGGGGGUGAAAAAUCUCUGGGACAUCUUGGAAUCUUGCAAGAAAAUUCUUCCUCUCGCCCAUCUCCAGAACAAAAGGGUUUGUGUGGAUCUCUCUUGUUGGAUGGUUCAGCUUCACAGUGUGUGUAAAUCACACUGUCCAUUGAAAGACAAGGUGUAUUUGAAGGGUUUGUUUCACCGCUUAAGAGCCCUAAUUGCUCUGAAUUGCAGCCUUAUUUUUGUUACUGAUGGCUCAAUUCCUGCCAUCAAAGUGACUGCAUAUAGGCGCCGCUUAAAUGGUGGAAAUGAGGCAACUUUAGUUGCUGGAAAUCCUCUUAAUGUAGCAUCACUGAAGAGAAAUAAGGGAUCCGAAUUUUCAUGCAUGAUAAAAGAAGCCAAAUUUCUUGGUGCGUCCCUUGGGAUUCCAUGCUUAGAUGGAAUUGAAGAGGCUGAAGCUCAAUGUGCAUUGCUAAACUCAGAGUCACUAUGUGAUGGAUGCUUCACAUCAGAUUCUGAUGCCUUUCUGUUUGGUGCAAGAACAGUUUAUAGAGAUAUAUGUCUUGGAGAAGGUGGUCAUGUUGUUUGCUAUGAAAUGGAUGAUAUCGAGAGGAAACUUGGGUUUGGGAGGAACUCAUUGAUUACUCUUGCUAUUCUUCUUGGCAGUGAUUAUAACCAAAGAGUUCGUGGAAAUAAAUGUGAUUUACCUCUAGAAAAUCAGUUCUUGCAAGUGAUCAAUGCUUAUUUGAAGCCAAGAUGCCAUUCGGCAGACUCAGACAUCGUGCACAGGGUUCUUGCUCUAUACCCUUUCAACCGUAGCCAAUUGCAUCAGAUAUGUACUCAAUAUUUCGACUGGCCUCCGGAAAAGACAGACGAGUACAUUUUGCCGAAGAUUGCAGAAAGAAACUUGAGGAGAUUUGCUAAUCUUCGUUCGAGUUCAUCGAGAUUGGGAGUCCAUCUGCCUGUUAAUGAGAUGCCAGUGAAGUGUCCUGUAUCGAGCAUUGUCAAGCAAAGGAAAGUCCAGGGAAGAGACUACUUUGAGGUUUCAUGGGAAGAAAUGGACGGCUUAGAUGCAUCCAUUGUACCAGCUGAUCUUGUUGAGAGCGCUUGCCCUGAAAAGAUUAAGGAAUUCCAUGAAAGAAAAGCUCACAAACAAAAACCCACUAAAAACAAAUCGAGAGCAGUUAAAGUAGAGAGUAAAUCCGAUACAGUUGAUGUCCAUAAAAAACUCCAGGAACUACUGCUCGACAUUGAACGAGACAGCUGUACCAUGAAUAACGGCGCCACCUGUCACGUUGGCUUGGAUUAUCAGCAAAACUCGAUUACGAGCCUUAAUUAUUCCGAGUCAAAAAGUGAACACUCUCUUAGUUUAUCUUCUUCUAGUGGUUCAAGAUCCAUAGGGAAGGAUAUUAUCGAUCUCAUUAGUCCACCGCCAAAACAAACUAUUGCACGUGGGGUUUCUAAUUUCCGAGAGAUGGAAUUUUCGGACGUGAUUGAGUUGAGUGAUACGGAUAAUGACGUGUCGCCUGAGCACGCGAGGAAGGCAAAGGAGCUGAGAAUGUUCAUAGCGAAUAUCAGAGAUGAGAUCUCUUGAUUGAUGAUGAUGAAUUUUUUUAUUCUGUAGUGUGUGCAAAUCUGUUUGAUUUUAUUUUAUCGUGUAUUUCGUAGGAUGGUGAAAUUACAGUCGGCAUAAAAGUCAGAGUAAAUUGUGAUCAUGUUGUGUAUUGUGUUAUGCAGAGAAAUAUGUAGAUGCAAAUUGAUGAAUUACUGGAUUUCGUAUGGUAGAUUUGAAAUGUCUUUAUGCAGAGGAAAAGAAAUAGAAUGCAAUCUGAUUCUUAAGGCCUUGUUUAUAAAAAAAAACUACGAAAAAAAUAUAUCUCAACUCUAACUUAAC